UAUUAUUGAGUGAGUACUAAAAUUUAUCGCGUAACUUGUUACGUCCACACUUUCAGAAUUAUACUUAUAAGUAUAACGAAAAACGAUAUAAUAUUAUAAUGAACAUAAAUAAAAAAAUAUUAGAGUGAAAGUAAUGUUUCUAUAAUAAAUUUGAAAUUCCACUAUUAGUAUAAAGAAGCGUGUCUACGACAGAGGUCAAAGCUACGAGCCUACGCGCUACGGACCUCGUAGACGGCGCUACAACAUGAAACUUUUACAUGAAAAAAUUACUACAAUCUCCACUACUCGAACAUACACUCACAUUAUACAUAUAUCACUCCCCGAACGCCUAAAAACGUCGUCACAAGAAAAUCUAUAACGAAAUUAAUUAAUUCAAAGAUUAAUUGAAAGUACACUACGCAAGCUUUAAAAGCAAACACGAUAAGAAAACUUUUCAAUACACCCUUAAUCAGGUGCUAAUCAAACUAAUUACAUGUAACAAGCGCAAAUUAAUCAUCGGACGAGAUAAAUCAGAGACGCGUGCUCUACAGUGUAUCGAGACUAUUUCGGUGUGGGCGGGGCGAAUGAUUCAGUGAGUAGAGGCCACGGCAGUCGCGCGCCGGCCGCCGACGGGGUAACGACGCUUUCGUGAGCAGAGCGGAAACGAAUCGCUGCGGCGAUGGCGCGAUGAAGACGAGCGGGCGCGCGGCGAUUUGCUGGGCCCUGCUGUGCCUCGCCGCCAGCGCUGCAGCUGCGCCCCGCCGCCUCUACUGCGAGCGCUCCGACGUGGCCUGGCGAGCCUACCGCGCGCCGGCGGCCUUCGUGGCGCGCGUGCAGUCCCUCGCCAGAGACAGCGCCACCGUCAGAGUCAAGAGGGUGUUCCGCAGCCAGGGCCACUGGCCCCAGGAGGACGCCGUCAUCAGCCUCAAGCUGCCGCGGCAGGGCCCCCGCGAGUGCACGGGACGACAUGAAGUGCGGUUGACGAUCCGACGUAAAUAUAUCGUGUUCGCGGAGAGGCGGGAUCACGCGGCAGUCGCGUUGGGACCGCCGCUGAACAAUACUCCGACGCUGCGACGCAGGGUCGAAGCGGUCUACAAGCGUGGUUACAGUAGUCCAGCAAAAGUGGGACCAAUGCGGUUGGUGUGGAGGACACAGGGCUCUGAGGUGGAGCUGGAGUGCAAGGCAAGCGCUCGACCACCGCCGCGCAUAACGUGGUACAAGGAUGGGAAACCAGUCACCGAUAUUGCAUUAAGAAGACUCCGGGUGCAAAAUUUCAGGAGGCGCUCGGUAUUAGUAAUAAAGCACGCCAGGCGUAAAGACUCAGCGACAUAUGAGUGCAGAGCGCAGGGUGCAGUGGGCCCGCCGGCCAUCGCGACUGCGAACGUCAGUGUCCUACCAGUCGGGGCGGUCAUCACCACAACCACCACCACACCACAACCUGACACAACGCCGUCGGGACCGCCCUGUCCGACGGCCAACCCUGCGUAUCCCUACUGCCUCAACGGAGGAACGUGUUUCUUUAUUGGAGCACUUAAAGAGCAGUUUUGCAAAUGUCCAGAGGGCUUCGUGGGGCAGCGCUGUGAGAAUAAGCAAGUACCAAAUAGCAGUAAUAGGUAUCACUAUUUGUACUUAUGCAAACUGGGGCUUUCCAUGUCGUACUACUGUUAAUCACCAACACCCCACCGCGCCAUUUUAAAAUUACGGCACGCUCUUACGGGGCUCUGUGGACUGCAUUUUAUGUUUUUUUUUAUAUAAUUAUCGUGUAAAUAAAUAGAUAUAGUUAACAAAUUAAGUAGAACAGUUUGAAGUUGUGUUGAAGCAUGAUUGUAAGUUGCGAAUUGAGUGUAUUGUUAUAAUGGGUAUAAAGAUCAGCUGUUUUUUUUAUCUAGUGAUUUAAAGAAUCUCGUAUAUCUCACAGCCAUUGAGAAGACACGACGGUUCUGUAUAUUGUUUUUUCAUGAUUUAACUUUUUUUUAAUUUGACUUUUUCAUUUCUUUUUUUUUAUUGUGAAUAAAGCUGGCCAGUGAGAUUUUUAAUUUUAGUCGUCUUAAUUAUUCGUAUAUAUUGUAACUGAUGUUUUAAUUAUUUUAUCUAAUUAUAUAUAUAUAUAAUAACAGAACUGAAUUGCACACGAUAUUUAAUUAUAUAACGAAUUGUCAAAACUAAAAUCAUUAUCUAGAAAAAAAUGUUUCUACUAUUCAUUUAGCUAUUAUAUUUCAAUAAUUUUUCUUUUUUAAUUGAAUAAUUAAAAAUAAAUCAUAUUGAAAUAUUUUUUAUUGAAUUUUUUUUAAUUCAAUAUUAAAAUAUAGUAGCUAACACUAUUUCAUAUACAAUUUCUACAUAAAAUUAGUUAUGAAGUUGCAAGUCGAGGGAACAAGU